UAAUCCAAUCCAACACAAUAUUGAAAUAAUAUUCAGUCAAAAUGUCUUUCAAAUUACCUUUCUAUCAAAACCUUAACCCUAAUUCUCCUUUCCCCUCAUUCACUGAGCCGCACCUCUUGCAACUCUCACACUUUCAUUUGAAUUUUCCUGCACUUCCUCUUUCAUCCGUCGAUUUCUGCAGGUCACUCCCCUGUUUUCUGUUUUUCGUGCUACCCCCGGUUUCUCAGUGGUGCACUUCCAUGUCGCGCCUCUUGCUGCAACGGUUGCUUCAUUUGAAAAGGGUUUGAAACCUUGAAUUCGUGGUGGCUUUUGGAGCGGAGGAAGAAGAUGGCGGCAUCGAAUUACGAAUACCCGAGGCUACAGCGGCCGGAAAUAGUCACAAUCUUAGGGCAGUUUCAGAUCGCCAAUGUGACGGAGCAGGAACUCGCCAAACCCAACCCUGACUUGAUCUCCGACCUCUACACCCGCGUCCUCUUCCACCUCGACGUUUUCCUCGAGGAAGACAACGAGCAACUCGACUUCGACGCCCUAGAGCAUCUCGAAAACCCUGAUUUACACGUUGAAUCUGCUCGCGCCGUCAAACUCUUCAACAGGAUAAAGGAGGUUCUCACCGACAUCGAAUGCCCUCGCAAAUUCACCUUCGCCGAUCUCCUCGUGCCGGAUCCUCACCGGACCGAUCUCUUCCUCGGCGCUCUUCUCAAUUUCUACCUUUACAGGGACACGAAAAUGAACAUAGUAUCGGAGAUCGUGAACGAAUUUAACGCUCUGGAGGUGCAGCAAGAGGAGUUGCAGAACACGAUGCUGCAGUUGGAAAGGGAGAUUGCGGAAUGCAAUGAGGCGAGGGAGAGAGAAAUGCCUCUUGUUCAAGAGGAGGAGGCAAAAGUUAACGAGUUGAAACAGUCGAUUGUGGCACUUAACAAACACCAGAGUUCGUUGAGGAGUACUUGUAGGAAGUUGAAAGAUAGGACUGCGGAAAUGGAUGAAAAGAUUUCUAAUGCUGAAUUUACAUUGGUACAAAGUGUUCAAGAAAAUGCAAAUCUACGUUCACAGAUCGCCCAGUCACCUGAUAAAGUACAGAGAGCUUUAGAGGAAAAGAAACUAGCUCGAGAGGAGGCAAGGAACGCCGAAAGAUUAGCAAGGCAAGCUUUUCACGAGAAGACGACCGUUGUUGAAGUUGUUUCCAAGGUGUACAAGAAAAUGUCAAAACACUACAAGCUGAUGCAGGAUAUACAAGAACAGGUAAAUUCUGGUAAAUCUACUGAAAAGGAACUUAAAACAUUGAAAGCUAAAAUUAGCGAUGAUGAAAUGUUGGAGAAGUCACUUGAGGCUAGACUGGUUGAAACAAAAAGUAAAGUUGAGCAGAUGGAAGAAUUAAUGAAGCAAACGGAGAAAGAGUGCAAUACUCUGGGGGAAGAAGCCACUAAAUAUUUAAGCAAUACAAAAUCAGAGGUGGAAUCUAACUCUUCUACUAUAGAAACAAGGCAGAGAAAUGUGGAGGCUGUGCUAUCUGAGGUGGAUGCAGUAAAUAGUGAAAUUGCAUCAGUAAAAGAAUCUGCAGCAGUUGAAGUAGAGCGGUUACGCCGCAAAUGUGAAGAGUUAGUUGAGGCGUUUCACAAGUAUGCAAAUCCGAUUGCAGAUGUGAUUGAAUCUGGGCAAAAAAGACUCGAGGCUACUCAAGGAGUUGGAUCUGACAUUUGAGUUUCGGUUUAGUGACGUACUACACUUAAUUACUCUACAUAGUUGAUUUGUAUUUAUGUAAUUUUGGAUAAAAAAUUUUCAAAAAAUUGAAAGUAUGUGAUUCUGAAUGAUAUUUUUUCUGUUCUAGAAGAAUUUAAAAAAAAGAAGAAAAAUUUAAAAUUCUU